AUGCCUUCGCCAACAGAAGAUUUGGGUCCGACGUUGAUUGCUGUUACGACUGUUCUUCUUGUCCUCUCGAUUACUUUCGUAGCCUUGCGAUGUUAUGUUCGACUAAGAUUGGCGUGGGGAUUCUGGUGGGAUGAUGGAUUCAUUCUCCUAUCGCUAACCUUCCUGAUCGGCGCACAUGGUCUUGUCUACUACCUCGUCGCCAAAGGCUUAGGAAAACAUACCGCCAAUCUCUCCGACCCAAUCCUCGAGAUAGCCAGUCUGUUGGGCCUUCUCUACGACUUUACAAUUGUCUUUGUCAUUGGUUCUUACUUCAACAAGAUUUCUAUCGGCCUGUUUUUGCAUCGACUGAAAUUCAACAGUCGCUGGUUUAUCAUUCCAAUGUGGAUAUUAAUGUUCUUCCUUGGCGCAAUCAAUAUCGCCGCGCUCGCAAUCAACGUGUUUAAUUGUGAUGACCACCUGGUCAGCGGAUCCAGCGGACAUGUCGAGGUCCUCUGCCCGUCGGACAAAGAUGCCACACCCGUCGUAUAUACUCAAUCUGGGCUGACGAUUGUCCUGGAUCUGUUUCUAAGCAUUUCGCCAAUUCCUGUCCUGUGGAAUACGCAAUUGACCUGUCAGCAAAAGAUCCGGGUAUGGGGGUUGAUUGCUCUCGGUUUGAUCUCGACAGUUGCGAAUGCAUUGAGGAAUAAGUAUUCAUAUGUCUUGGCGACGUAUGAUCAGUCUUAUACGCUGGUUGUAUUAAUUAUUAUAUCUGAAAUGGAAUUCGCCCUAGGCGUAAUAGCAGCAUGCUGUCCCGCAAUCGUCCCAUUGUUCAAACGGCGGCAAUUACGACAAUCAUACAACGACAUUGACGGCACGCCUCCCAUUCAUUCCGAUCGUGGCGCUGCCGGCAGCCGUGACGAGAGAAGAGUUUCCGGCCCUAGAGGCUGGCUUGAAGCUGUCGUUGGACUCGAAAGCGGUACGACGAUAACUACGCAUAGUAUGAAAGAUGAUCGGGAUGAUGAGGAACAGCAGCAUGAGCGAAGACUGAGUGAUCAGAAUAUUUAUUUGCUGACGAUCCCUAAGCCGGCGUACAAGCAGCAGACGUCUAUUAGGAGGGAAUAUCUGGGUAGUGAAAAUACUUGA